AUGCAGGGCGGCGGUGGCUGCGGGAUGGGGGAGACCGCGGCGGCGGCGGUGCCGGCCAAGAACCACAGCGGCGGUGUUGGUGAGGGCGCCGGCGUGGAGGUGGAGGAGGGGCCUCGUUUCCGGCGGGUGUGCGUGUUCUGCGGGAGCAGCUCCGGGAAGCGCAGCAGCUACCGCGACGCCGCCGUCGAGCUCGCCAAGGAGCUGGUUGCUCGUGGGAUGGAUCUGGUGUACGGCGGGGGCAGCCUGGGGCUCAUGGGGGAGGUCUCAGAGGCCGUCCACAAGGGCGGCGGCCACGUCAUCGGCGUCAUACCUACCACUCUCAUGGGCAAGGAGAUCACCGGGGAGACGGUGGGGGAGGUGGUGGCGGUGUCAGGGAUGCACGAGCGGAAGGCGGCCAUGGCGCGCAACGCCGACGCCUUCAUCGCACUGCCCGGCGGCUACGGCACCCUGGACGAGCUGCUCGAGGUCAUCACCUGGGCGCAGCUCGGCAUCCACACCAAACCAGUGGGGCUGCUGAACGUGGAUGGGUACUACGACUUCCUGCUGGCCUUCAUCGACAAGGCGGUGGACGACGGCUUCAUCCGACCAUCCCAGCGCCACAUCUUCGUCAGCGCGCCCGACGCCAGGGACCUCGUCCACAAGCUCGAGGAGUACGCGGCGGUGGAGGAGGAGGACCCGGCGGCGCCCAAGCUGCGGUGGGAGAUCGGGCAGGUCGGCUACAACGCCACGCUCCACGCAGGGAUCGCCCGCUGA